AUGAAGAAGACGUGGGAAAAAGCUCUGGAGCACUGCAGAGAAAAUGAGUCUGACCUUACCAGCCUGCUCGAUGAGACCGAGCACCUUCUGGCUUGGAAAGAGGCCCUGAAAGUUCGAGCUGAGCGGGUGUGGAUCGGCCUGCGCUACCUGGGGGACCGCUGGCUGUGGGUGAAUGGAGACCCUCUGCAGUACGAGGCCUGGCCCCAAGGAGACCAGGACCACCAGUGUCCAAUAUAUAAACGCUGUGGAGCUUUAACCAAAGGGGGACUGUGGGAGAACUGGGACUGCAAUGAACAACUCAACUUCAUCUGCAUCUGA